AUGGAGAGAACAGAAGCCUUGACGUCAUCGUUUAUAUGGAGGCCAAACGCAAACGCAGAGAUAACUCCGAGCUGUCCAAGAUGUGGAUCCUCCAACACGAAGUUUUGUUACUACAACAACUAUAGCCUCACUCAGCCACGCUACUUCUGCAAAGGCUGCCGCAGAUAUUGGACCAAAGGUGGCUCCCUCCGGAACGUGCCCGUAGGCGGUGGCUGCCGCAAAUCCCGCCGUCCCAAAUCCUCCUCGGGUAACACUAAAACCGGCCUAACCGCUAACUCUUACAAUUCCGGUGGUGGCUCACCAAACAUAGAUCUUGCUCUUGUUUACGCCAAUUUCUUGAACCCAAAGCCUGACGAACACAAACUUCAAGAAAACUGCGACACAGAUUUUCUAGUCGAUGAACCUGCCGGCGCUUCGAUGGAACCCUUAUGGAGUAUGGACAUCGAUCAUGGACAUCAUCAUCAUCACUAUGAACAUCAGGUGGAACGCAUUGUGGAGGAAUGUGGUUACAAUGGGUUGCCUCCAUUUCCUGGUGAAGAGCUUAUGUCUAUUGACACUAGUGGUGUUUGGUCUGAUGCUUUAUUGAAUGGUCAUAACCAUGUAGACGUUGGUGGUGUGACUCCGGCUCAGAUUGUUCAGGAUCCGGUGGUUCAUUUUUCUGACGAAUCCAGUGACUCCACCAACCUCUUGUUUGGAAGUUGGAGCCGUUUUGAUUUCUCAGUCGAUGGAUGA